AUGGCGUACAGACGAGGAACAUCCCUCCGACAGUCGUUUCUCGACGUUUUGGCAAGGAGAUCGACAAUUCUAAGCACGACGAACAGACUGAAAGGAAAUUAUCUCUUCCGAGCUGCUGUCAGACUUGUGUUAGAAUACAUCGAAUGGUUGACAGAAGAGCCCGUGAUCGAAGAAAUCAGCGAUGAUGUGGCAGUCAAUAUUCGAAUGGCACAGCAGAAAAAAGUGGAAAAAAAAGGUUUGUCCCCCGAGGAUCGUUCUAUACUGUUGACGAAACCAGCAGAAAGAACAGCGGCAGAAAAAACGUACAUAUACGAAUUAUUCAAAAAGUUUCAUGCAUUCCGAAAAUAUCCAGAUAAUCUAAGGGAAUCUGUAGCUCACGUGUGUCGGUAUCAAUACUUAAAACCUGGUCGGGUGAUUGUACGACAGGGUCGUGAAGCAGAGAAUCUCUAUUUUAUAUUGAAUGGAGAAGUUAAUUUAUCGAAGUCGGUGACAGAUCGUUGGACUGGUGAGACAAAAGAAAUUGAUAUGGGAACUUUGACCGCUGGUGACAUAUUUGGCGAAAUUGCAUUACUGCAUGUGAUACCAAGAACUGCAACAGUAAUCACUAAAACAACGAUAGAUCUACUCAUCAUCCCUUGUGAACACUUCAAUGCAAUCCUACGACGCCAUUUGUCACAUGAGUGGGAUAUCUUACAAGAUGCAUUAGUACAUUUUAAUUAUUUCAAGACCUGGGACAAAGAUACCAUACGGGAGUGUUGUAUUCUGAGCAGAGUCAAAGAAUUCAGCGCUGACGAGGUUUUGCUAGGUGACGGUAAAGGAAUGGUUAACUACGUCCACUUCUUAUUAGAAGGCGAAUGCCGUCUGAUAGAACAUAUGAUCGUAUACGAGCAAUCUAUGUCGGAUGGACGCGUACAACAUAAAUUGUACGACCCCAGAAUAUCUGAAUCUAUGGAAAGAGAGACAGAACGAUCAAAAUUACUUGCUGAACGUGUCGAUUUCGAUCGUUCUAGCAUUAUUACUACCGCACUCUUAGACGUGGUACACGAAUGGCACAAAAUUACUGAUGUAGCAGAAAUGUUAAUGAGAGAACCAUCCUCCAUUUCUCAACAAUGUUAUCCAAAAGAUUCAAGAACCAUUUUUAUGCAAAUUUGUAUAUUUCAAAGAGGCGCAUGUUUUGGCUUGGGCGAGAACAUGCGUAAUCGAAGAAUAAUAUCUACGUCAAACGUACGAUGUUUCCUAGUUCCGAGAUACUUUUUAAACGAACAUAGUCGAGCGAAUAUUUGGGAACACGUAAAGCUCUUUAUGGACUCAAAGUACCCAACGAGGGAAGAGUUGUUCGAAAAAUUCGUUCGUAAUCGAAAGUGGAGGGAAUACAAAAAACAUUUGUUCGAGACAACUCGCAAACGAGGCCGACAAGUUUGUAGCAACGUAACAGUACAUGAUGUACCGUAUUCCAUUAGAAUCGAAGAUGACGUGGGAUUAUAACAAAAAUUGCUUAGUUAAUUAUAGAAGGUUUUAUUUUACAAACUUUUAAUCGUAUAAAAACAGUGUAAGAUUAGAAAUCUUCUUGUU